AUGCGGCUGCUCCCGGUUGUGAUCCUUCUCGUCGUCCAAGGCCACUUCUCCACCUGCGUGCAGAGAACGGUGAGAGGCACGGCAAUGGGCACACUGACCGUGCACUGUACAUAUGGGCGGGGUUGGGAAUCCUACAAGAAAUGGUGGUGUCGUGGGUACGAGUGGGAUUCCUGCAAAAUCCUUGUUAAAAGCACCGGGUCAGAGCAACUGGUGAAGAAGGGCCGAGCAUCCAUCCAGGACAAUCACAGCCGGCGCAUAUUCACCGUGACAUUGGAGGAUCUCUGGUAUGACGAUGCAGACACCUACUGGUGUGGGAUUGAGAAAGCUGGCAAUGACCUGGGGUACAAAGUGUACGUGGAUGUUGACCCAGCCCCUGAUCCAACAGACUCUCCCAAGCCUGUAGCAAGAACACCAGCUGGUCGAGCUUCCUCUCCUCCUUUUACCCAGGGCAUCAACAGCAGCCAGCCUAUUGUUCUGAUCAACCCCCACAGCAGGUCGGGGAUCUUGGCCUUCAAUGUAGCAGCAGAGAAUCCUCCUGUGUGGAUCCUCCUGGUACCUCCUUUCCUUGCCACCCUCAAGUGGCUCUGCCAAGGAUAAAUAACUAUUACAUCGUUCAGGACUCUGGCCAAUGAUGGGUUUUCCAAUUCCAGACCAACCAGUAAGCUUAAAACCUGGAUUAAAUCAAGUUCCAGAGUGUGUCCACAAGGACAAAGCCCCUGAUGGGCCAGCUGCACAGAGGUCCGCCAAUUCCACCUUCUGCUGCAUCAGCGCCUCCAAGAAAGAAUUCCUUGAACGUAAAAGAUGGAAAACAGGGUUGGACCAUCGCCCAACCCACAUCUGAUCUGUUUGCCCUGUAUAUUCCCUAUUAAAAUCUUUGGCUUUCUUGUGCUCCCUGGAAAUUAUUUUGUUUGGACA